AUGGUUAAAACAGGAGCUUAUAAUGAUGAAGAAGCUGCUGCUAGAGCUUAUGAUUUGGCUGCACUUAAGUAUUGGGGAACAUCAACGUUCACCAAUUUUCCAGUAUCAGAUUAUGAGAAAGAAAUUGAGAUAAUGAAAACUGUAACCAAAGAAGAAUACCUUGCUUCAUUGAGAAGAAGAAGCAGUGGAUUUUCUAGAGGUGUAUCAAAGUAUAGAGGAGUAGCAAGGCACCAUCACAAUGGAAGAUGGGAAGCAAGGAUUGGAAGAGUGUUCGGCAACAAGUACCUUUACCUUGGAACUUACAGUACACAAGAAGAGGCAGCUCGCGCAUAUGAUAUUGCUGCAAUUGAAUACAGAGGCAUAAAUGCUGUGACAAACUUUGACUUGAGCACUUACAUCAGAUGGCUAAGACCAGGAGGAGUACACUCUAGCACCUCUCAAGAUCAAAAGCCGAGCACAGACCCUCAGAUAUUUACAACCUCUAACCCCAUCCUAGCCACAGGAGCCACCGAGCUAUCAAACUUCAACUUCCAUCCAGUCCCUGCAAGCGAAUUGGACAUCACCAAGAAGAAAGAGUUCUCCAAGUUUGCGGCACCUUUAAGUCCAUGCUAUAAGUCACCUUCAUCUUCCCCAACAGCAUUAGGACUUCUCCUAAAAUCCUCAGUGUUUAGAGAACUGAUGCAGAGAAACCUGAAUUCUGCAGAUGAAGAAGCUGAAGAAGUUGAAUUGAAAUAUCCAGAAGAGGGCAGUGAUGGGAUUGGAGGGAUUCUUAAUAACAAUGACACUAACAGUAUAUCUUACUUUGGUUCUUCUUCCAAUAUCAACAGAUUACCUAACUUAGUGUCUCCAGAAAGCAGCAAAAUGCCAAUGUAUCACAGAACUGUUAUGCCAUCGCUGUGGAAUGGUGCUUUCAACAUUUCUGACUGAUUAUUUUUGUUAUCUUUUUUAUUAGCAGCUAAGAAACAGUUAAGAAAAAAAUAUACUUUCUCAACAUAACUGUAGAUGUCAAAUAAAUUGCUAAGAUGUGCACAGUGUCAUUGUGACCUAGUCUUAGUCUGCUCAUAAGUCAACAUUGUCAAACAAAAGAUACUUUAAUGUUUAUGAGUUGCAUUUCUGAUUUCUCAUUUA